GUGUCCGGCCCGUUCCCGCUCGGGCCCCGCCGGCCCGGGAUCCCCGGGCCCUAUGAGCGUGUCACUCGUUGUGAUCCGCCUGGAGCUGGCCGAGCGCUCCCCGCUGCCCGCCGGCUUCCCCUACAGCGCGGCCGCCACUGAAAUGUCUGAUGAGGAAAUCAAAGAAAAGUCAUUAGCUUCAGCUACAGCCUGUCUAGAAGGAAAGGCACCUAUGGAAAAAGCAGCUAUUAUUCACCAGCAUAUUGGUCGCAGAGAGAUGACAGAUAUGAUCAUAGAGACCAUAAAGUCCAAUCCAGAUGAGACAAAAGCUGCAAUGGAAGGAAGAAAAUCUUCAGAGGCUUCAUCUGUUGACGAUAAAAGUAAACGUGAUGGUCCAACUAAAGAAUGUGUUGAGGCUGCUCCAGACUCGCCAUCUAAGCAACUUCCUGACCAGAUUUCCUUCUUCAGUGGGAAUCCAUCAGUUGAAAUAGUUCAUGGCAUUAUGCACCUGUACAAAACAAAUAAGAUGACCUCCUUAAAAGAAGACGUAAGGCGCAGCGCCAUGCUGUGUAUUCUCACAGUCCCUGCUACAAUGACCAGUCAUGACCUUAUGAAGUUUGUGGCCUCAUUCUAUGAAGUAAUUGAACAUAUGAAAAUCAUCAGAGAUUCCACUCCAAACCAGUAUAUGGUGCUGAUAAAGUUUAGUACACAGGCUGAUGCUGAUAGCUUUUAUAUGGCCUGCAACGGUCGACAGUUCAACUCCAUAGAGGAAGAUGUGUGCCAGCUGGUGUAUGUGGAGAGGGCUGAAGUCUUCAAAUCGGAAGAUGGAGCCAGCCUUCCCGUAAUGGAUCUGACGGAGCUGCCAAAGUGCACGGUGUGCCUGGAAAGAAUGGAUGAGUCUGUGAACGGGAUCCUUACCACGGUGUGUAACCACAGCUUUCAUAGCCAGUGUUUGCAGCGCUGGGAAGACACCACGUGUCCUGUCUGCAGGUACUGCCAAACACCUGAGCCAGUGGAAGAGAAUAAAUGCUUUGAGUGUGGAGUUCAAGAAAACCUUUGGAUUUGUUUGAUAUGUGGGCACAUUGGAUGCGGCCGUUACGUGAGCCGGCACGCUUACAAACACUUUGAGGAAACUCAGCACACUUAUGCAAUGCAGUUAACCAAUCACAGGGUUUGGGACUAUGCUGGAGAUAAUUAUGUCCAUCGACUGGUUGCAAGUAAAACUGAUGGGAAGAUAGUUCAGUAUGAGUGUGAGGGGGAUUUGUGUCAGGACGAAAAAAUCGAUUCCUUACAGUUAGAGUACUCAUAUUUGCUUACAAGCCAGCUGGAAUCUCAGCGCAUCUACUGGGAAAACAAGAUAGUCCGAAUAGAAAAGGAUACAGCGGAAGAAAUUAACAACAUGAAGACUAAAUUUAAAGAGACCAUUGAGAAAUGUGACAAUUUGGAGCACAGGCUGAACAACUUACUUAAAGAGAAACAAUCUGUGGAAAGGAAGUGCAUUCAGCUGAAUAACAAGGUGGCCAAACUCUCCAAUGAGCUAAAGGAGGAACAGGAAAUGAACAAAUGUUUGCGAGCAAAUCAGGUCUUACUGCAGAACAAACUAAAGGAAGAAGAGAAGGUUCUAAAGGAAACUUGUGAGCAGAAGGACCUGCAGAUCACAGAGAUACAGGAGCAGCUGCGGGAUGUCAUGUUCUACUUAGAAACACAACAGAAAAUCAACCACCUCCCAGCUGAGACCAGGCAGGAAAUCCAGGAAGGACAGAUCAACAUUGCAGUGGCAUCUUCUGCAAGCUCACCAGCGGGGGGCAUGGGAAAGCCGCCUUCUAGGAGAGGCCGUAGCAAAAGGGGCAAGUGAGGAUUGGGACAAGUGGAUCGACCUCGCUUCUGAAUGACCAGGCCCAAGUGUCAGGAUUCAAGCUGAAUGUUACGUUCAACACUAAAUACCACGUCCAAAUAAGGCUCAGCUAGAAGUUGUUUUCAGAGCUUUUCAUAAAGCUGGCUGCCAGCUAAUGGGGAAUCUACAGUAUUUAAAAGCAUUUCACUGCAUUAGCUAGCUAAUCAUAGGCAGAUUUUAAUCACCAUUUUGCCUUCCUACCUUAUCUAAGUCCCACUUCAUACAUUAUUUUCUCCUUGGAGAUUGUGUUCAGUUUUAGACGUGUCUGAAACACAAAACAAAUCUUGGAUCCCCUUAAAAGGACAUGACAGGGUAGUUCAGCCCAAAGUUUUAAAGGUUUUUUGUUUUUUAAAAGCCUCUUCCUACUAACCAAGAUCAGAAAUGCUCAUAUAAAUAAAAACUUUUAAUUGAAAACCUGAUUCAGUCCCCAUCCCACUUAGUGUGUGCAUCCCAAACACCGCAGCAUUGUGCUAGUGCAGAAUUAGGAUAGGACUAGAUGAGUUAGCAUGGACAAUGAAACGGAGUGAUGUGUUUAAAAAUAAUAACACCAUUACCAUGGUUUGAGACUUAAUGUGAUACUCACUGCUGUAAGGAAGUCCAUUUUAAACAAUUAACCAGCUGUCCCCUUUGAAGGUGGUCUGGUGCAGUGCUAACAGCUUUAAAGUACAAGGGAUUGUGAAAUGAGUAUGCUAUGGAAAUAAUUGAACACAAUUAUUUAUAUGCAGUGUUGUAGCUGUGUUGGUCCCAGGUUAUUAGAGAGACAAUGUGGGGGAGGUAAUAUCUUUUAUUGGACCAACUUCUGUUGGUGAGAGAGACAAGCUUUUGAGCUUACGCGGAGCUUUUCCUCAGGUCUUGGUAAGCUUGAAAGCUUGUCUCCCCAACAGAAGUUAAUCCAAUGAAAGACAUUACCUCACCCAACUUGUCUCCAUAAUUAUUUAUAGGCAUUCCUACUAAUUAAAUAGGAACCAUAUAUGCAAAGACUGGUACCUGUUGCAGACUAACAUUGUUACACUGUUCUGCUCUCUGAAGUAUACUUCUUGGAAUAAGAUGCCUUAUACAUUUGUCUUCUGCAUAUUUAAAUUGUGCCAGUGUGAGGUAUCUGCAUACUCUCGAGUGCUGUCCUCUGAGUGAGGCUGGAAUGAUACGUGUAGUGUGAAAACCACAUUCACUUUCCCCUCUCUGAAUCCGUCACCUUUCAGAUAUGGCCCAAAUACUCUGGGCUUUCACACUAGUCACGAGCUUGCUACCGUUCCAGGCUGCCAUACACUUGAGGAACUGCUCACACUCCGUCUGCAGUCUGCGCAGCCAGCUGCCAGGAUAAUGUAACCUCUUCAUACUGGGUGCUGUGACUAGCUGGGUGUAUUAGCUGUACCUAAUGUCUGUGGUAGCUGAACACACACUGCAAGCCCAGGUCCUGAAAGUUAUUAGGAGCCCAAAUAGCUUUUAGGAUCUGGACCUCAGGGGCUCCCUUAUUUUCCUUUAACACCCCUCUCGUUUUUCCAGUUGAGAGGUAGAGACUGAAGCCACCCAUUCAGUUUGCCCUACAGCCAUCUGUGGGCAUGCAGCCUUCUUAGGGAGAAAACUCUGGUUCAAGUCUGGCUCUUCAUCCUAGAACCCAUGUUAAACUUGGUAUGUUACAGUGUCUCCCUUCACUGAAGGCCUGCAUGUGUGCGAUGACAUGUGCUCAGUGUUUAAAGGAUGCAGACUUACCCCUUCUUACAAACGUGUGGGAGAACUUGUGACUGUGUCCUCUCCAUGGGAGAAGCUGUUCAACAUUCAACUGCAGCGGUUUCCUCAAUUUAGGCCAAAACCAAUGCAACUGAAGCUGUGACUUAUCCAGCUGCUAAGCUGGACCAACAAGUGAAAGUAGCUUUAGUUUUUGAUGGGUGAGUUACAGGAGCAAGGCUAGAAUUGCAUUGCGUUAAAUCUGCUUCUUGCCUUAACCGAUUGGCUGGCUGUUUAGGAAGGUUACGUUUUCUUACACUUAAAGUACAUGACUUUUGUUCAUGCACCGAAUGCAUCCAAUUCUUUGCUUUGUAGACUUGCCCUCAUCUGCUGAAGCAUGACUGUACAUGAACUUUUUUUUAGGGUGUAGACUGUACAACCGGGCCUCUGGCUGCUGUAAAAUAUUCUAAAGAAUUAGAAAUGUACAACAUAGCUUGCUCUCCUAUAGAAACUCUAUUUUAUUUAAAAUAUAUUUUUACACCAGCUGGGAUCCUCUUACCUUUUGCUGAAAGCUUGCUGUGUGUAGAACACUGUAUCCUAGAAUUCCUUUUCAGAAAAUGAGACCUAAAAUUAAAAGUGUACAGUAUUUUUGUUUUGUAGCUGAUCACACGAUUGAGGGGGGAAAUCUCUAAUCGAGGAAGACAGGCUUGUGGGGGGGAGGGGGAGAGACUAAAACCCGAGCAAAAGGAGAACUGUGAAACAGAAUGGUGUUGAAGGUAAAGAAAUGGCGUUAGUAAAGUAAAAGAUAGUCAGCUUAAUUCCAGCCUGUCUGAGAGCUAUUCAGGGGCCUAUGUGAAAUUAGUUGAUAUUACUGGUUAGGUAUCUAUUUCAGACAAGCACCUCUCUGCAAGUCUAAGUCGCAAGGCCAGCAGUUGAAUUAACACCUCCCUAUGCGAUAUGGGGGCUAAACUACUCUCUGUCCUAACCAUGUUCCAUCCAGCUAUACGCACGCUGGCAGGGCAAUGGGAGCGGGGGAGCUUGCAUGUUACUGCUCACUCUAUACCUCUGCUGUAGCUAACAAGGACUUCUGUCCUGAGCUGUCACAGCAGCACCUUACACAGGCACUCAGUCAUUUUAAGGUAGUUUGCCACGUGUUUGCACAGAAUGAGAUCAGCAUUUGUAGAUUAGAAUCCCUCUUAUUUACAUUUUAACAGUUGUGUGAGACAGCCUUUCAUGUAGUUCUUACUGACUGACACUGUCCAGUAACAUCUGAAACAAAGGAUAUUAAAAGUGCUGAAACUUG